AUGGAGCAGCUGGGGGUGGAGCCGGAGGAGGAAACGGGCCGAGACGAGGAAGAGGACGCGGCUCAGGCCAUGGAGCGGGCGGAGGCGGGGGAGGCAGGCGGCUCGCCCGGUGCGCCCGCGCCUGAGGAGCCCGGCGGCCUCACUUGGUUGGUGCCAGAAGGAAGUUCUUCAUCCAGAGUCAUAGUACAUGUGGAUCUGGAUUGCUUUUACGCACAAGUAGAAAUGAUUUCAAAUCCGGAAUUGAAGGGCAAACCUUUAGGCGUUCAGCAGAAAUAUUUGGUGGUUACCUGCAACUAUGAAGCUAGGAAACUUGGAGUUAAGAAACUUAUGAAUGUCAGAGAUGCAAAAGAAAAAUGUCCACAGCUGGUAUUAGUUAAUGGAGAAGACUUGACUCGCUACAGAGAGAUGUCAUAUAAGGUUACAGAGUUGUUGGAAGAAUUUAGUCCAAUUGUUGAGAGACUCGGAUUUGAUGAAAAUUUUGUGGAUCUAACAGAAAUGGUUGAGAAGAGACUGCAGCAGCAUCAAAGUGAUGAACUUUCAGCACUGACUGUGUCGGGUCAUGUAUAUAAUAAUCAGUGUAUAAACCUGCAUGACAUCAUGCACAUCAGACUGCUUAUUGGAUCUCAGAUUGCAGCAGAGAUGCGGGAAGCCAUGUAUAACCAACUGGGUCUCACUGGCUGUGCUGGCGUGGCUUCUAAUAAGUUACUAGCAAAAUUAGUUUCUGGUGUUUUUAAACCAAAUCAGCAAACAGUGUUAUUACCUCAGAGUUCUCAAGUUCUUAUUCAGAGUUUGAGCCAUGUAAAGGAAAUGCCUGGUAUUGGCUAUAAAACUGCCAAACGUCUUGAAGCGCUGGGUAUCAGUAGUGUGCAUGAUCUUCAAACCUUUUCACCCAAAAUACUAGAAAAGGAGUUAGGAAUUUCAGUUGCUCAGCGUAUCCAGAAGCUCAGUUUUGGAGAGGAUACUUCUCCUGUGACGCCCUCAGGACCUCCUCAGUCCUUUAGUGAAGAAGAUUCAUUUAAAAAAUGUUCAUCUGAAGUCGAAGCUAAAAAUAAGAUUGAAGAACUACUUGCCAGUCUUUUGAACAGAGUAUGCCAAGAUGGAAGAAAGCCACAUACAAUCAGAUUAACAAUCCGUCGGUAUUCAUCUGAGAAUCACUGUAGCCGUGAGAGUCGUCAGUGCCCUAUUCCAUCGCAUGUAAUUCAGAAGUUAGGGACAGGAAAUUGCGAUGUGAUGACCCCAAUGGUUGAUAUACUUAUGAAACUUUUUCGAAAUAUGGUGAAUGUGAAGAUGCCAUUUCAUCUCACCCUUCUAAGUGUGUGCCUCUGCAACCUUAAAGUAUUAAAUACUGCUAAGAAAGGGACUAUUGAUUAUUAUUUAACACCAUCGUUAUCAACAACUUCACGGUCUGGCAAGCGCAGUUUUAAAAUGAAAGAUAGUCAUAUGGAGGAUUUUUCCAAAGACAAAGAAACAAAUUGGAAUUUUCUACCAUCAGGAAGAAUUGAAAGUACAAGAACUGGGGAGGCUCCACUAGAUCCUAAUUUUUCCAAAGAAAAAGACAGUGAUGAAUCCCCAUUCUGCUCUCUUCCCGAAGGUAUUGACCAAGAAGUCUUUAAACAGCUUCCAGUAGAUAUUCAAGAAGAAAUCCUUUCUGGAAAAUCUGGAGAAAAAGUUCAAGGCAAAGGAAGCUUAAGUUGUCCAUUACAUGCCUCUAGAGGAGUAUUAUCUUUCUUUUCUACCAAACAAAUGCAAGGUAGUCCCUUAAAUCCUACAGAUCAUUUAUCCAGUAGUAAACAGAUAUCUGUAUCUCCCUGUGAACCAGGAACAUCAGGUUUAAAUAGCAGUAGUUCCUCUUCUCCAUGUAGCCAAAAGGAUUAUUCACAUUACAUAGACAGUAGAUUAAAAGAUGAACGAAUGAGUCAAGGACCUAAAGAAUCUCAAGGAUUUCACUUUUCAAAUACAAACCCUACUGUAUCUAUUUUCCAUUCAUUUCCAAAUUUGCAGAGUGAGCAACUAUUCUUCAAAAACCGCACUACAGAUAGCCAUAAGGAAUCAGUAGUGACAGUCUCUCAUCAUGAAAGACUUACAGAAAAUAAAGAGCAAGAUUCUAGUGAUGAGAAAAUUACCUUUCCUUCUGACAUUGAUCCUGAAGUUUUCUACGAACUACCAGAAGAGGUACAAAAAGAGCUGUUAGCAGAUUGGAAGAGAGCAGCAUCAGAUUUCCCCAUUGUACAUAAAUAAGCAUGUUCAGAAAAAAGGUCUAGAAAGCAAAGGAAAGGCCAUUGUUCUCAGAUUUAGCAGUUUAUUAAGCUCCUCUAAAUUAAACACUAAUAGAUAUUCAGUAAUGUAGAAUCCAAUAUAUAAUGUUCUAGAUAAAAGCAAGUGUCGUUAUGGGAAGUAAAUUCUGGCACAAAGCAUAAAAAUACUCAUAACAAGAAAUAAUGUAAAAUUAUCCUCUUAUUUCUAAAGUUAUUUUAUAUUGCUUUUCAAUAAAAAGAAUAUCAUGGUUACUACAUUUCCCAUAAAUGGGGUAGAGGGGAAGAUACAUACACCUGUGUGUAGAAACAAAUAGACUAGCCAAAUCAUUGCUAUGACAUAGCAAAGAAUCGUUUUUUUCUGUGAAAUAUGGAAUGUCUCAAGAAAUUCAGCCCAUUAGGAAACUUCCAAAUAAGAAAUUCUGCUGCCAACUACUAAAAACACAGAUCUCUUUGAAGUACUCUGUACCAUUUAAUACGUUUUUAAAAAUAUACCAAAGCAGUGUA